AUGGGUAGCCAGGCAUCCAGUAUUUCGCAGAAAAUUCUUCCGGCCGAUGCGGUCGAUUCGUUACAGUUUGAGUUCAAGAAACAGGUACACAUCUUCUCCGAAAUUAACAAUCUCGCGUAUGAGGACUUUCAAAAGUGUCUCGCCGAUUUAAACCGACUCUCACGCAAAUGUCUCGAUCCGAACGGGAAGCAACUGGUAUUUGCCGUGAAGAAAGGUUCAGACAACUCCAUCCUCUGGAAGCGCACCGUACGCAUCGCGUGCGUCAAGAUUGAUCCAGAAACGAAGAAGAUCGACUGCUUCAAGUUACUGACGCUGCAGCAGUUCCUGCAGGUAUUUCGCACAUUCCAAACGAACCUGCACGCUAUGGUGACGGUCGAGAGCCAGCGAAUACAUAGCCCCGGGGCGAGCCCGUCCAAAACCAGCGGCGGCAGUGCUGCUGGUCCGGACUCACCGUCCAACGCGAGUAUCAGCGAACUGUCGCCCAACAAUGCCGGCACAACCGAACAGCGGCCCGGUCCAAGCGAGACUCACACAAAGCAGCCGGAAACUUCAUCUGCUCCACUGUCCACAUCCUCCUCGUCGUUAUCCUCCGCAAACGUGUCGAGUGCGUUUGUGUUUCCGGAGUGUACGACUGCAUCGAUACUGAUGGCACAGGUCGACUCGAUUACGUCCGUCGAUCCGGACGGUGAGCAUAAUGAGUGCUGCAUCUGUCUCGAACGUAAACCGGAAGUGUCGCUACCCUGUGCGCACAGCUACUGUAUGCCGUGCAUCGAACAAUGGAACAUCCACCAGAAAACGUGCCCAAUCUGUGACGAGGUGCUGGCCAGCACCGAUGACACCUGGGUCCUAUCGGAAAUGCCCGAAGCGGACGAAGUGAGCGAAGAGAUUUGUGCCACUCUGCUGAAGCUGUCGAACGAAGCGAAUGGGAGCGACGAGAGUGAUAAGAAUUGGUUGCGCCGAAUGUUGGAUUUGUGA